GGGAAGCGGAGGAGGCGGGUCUCCAUAGAAACGUCCACCUGUUUCCGGCCAGGCUGUGCGAGAUUAGGGGCUGCUGCGGGGGCCAAUCUCAGCUAGCUCGUCUUUUCCCGGCGGCCUCUGCGGGAGUGGUGGGUGUUGUACACAAUCAUCAUGGCGGCAGCCGGAGCCCCGGAUGGCAUGGAGGAACCUGGCAUGGACACGGAGGCCGAGACGGUGGCGACCGAGACCCCCGCGCGGCCCCUAAACUGCGUGGAGGCCGAAGUCGCGGCGGGGGCGGCGGCGGCCGAGGACUCCUGCGCCGCGCGAGGCAGCUUGCAGCCGGCCCCGGCCCAGCCCCCUGGGGACCCUGCGGCCCAGGCCUCGGUCAGCAACGGCGAGGACGCUGGUGGCGGCGCGGGCCAGGAGCUGGUGGACCUGAAGAUCAUCUGGAACAAGACUAAGCACGACGUGAAGUUCCCCCUGGAUAGCACAGGCUCUGAGCUAAAACAGAAGAUUCACUCGAUUACAGGUCUCCCUCCUGCCAUGCAAAAAGUCAUGUACAAGGGACUUGUCCCUGAGGAUAAGACAUUGAGAGAAAUAAAAGUGACCAGCGGAGCCAAGAUCAUGGUGGUUGGCUCCACGAUAAAUGAUGUUUUAGCCGUAAACACACCCAAAGAUGCUGCCCAGCAGGACGCAAAGGCUGAAGAGAACAAGAAGGAACCGCUCUGCAGGCAGAAACAACACAGGAAAGUGUUGGAUAAAGGAAAACCUGAAGAUGUGAUGCCAUCUGUUAAGGGUGCCCAGGAGCGGCUGCCCACGGUACCCUUAUCCGGCAUGUACAAUAAGUCCGGAGGCAAAGUGAGACUCACCUUCAAGCUAGAACAAGACCAGCUGUGGAUUGGCACUAAAGAUUCCUGGAGGGAACCGAACAUGCCUAAUUCACCUGUUUGUGGCCAGCACUGUAGGUGUUCAGUGUUCGAGAGCGGACUGAGAAAUUGCCCAUGGGCUCCAUUAAAAAUGUGGUCAGUGAACCUAUCGAAGGACACGAAGACUACCACAUGAUGAGCCGUUGGAGUAUUGCUUUAUGGAGCUCAGUAAAUUUGCUAGAAUGAUCUUGAGCUCUGGCUCCUGACCCUGUCUGCAUGGAGACCUUGCUGGGAGCACUCGGGAGAGCAGAGGUGGACAGCUCCAGAAGCCGCUGGGAGAAGUAUUUGAUUUAGAUCCAUGUCUGAGUCACAGCAGUAUUCACGGGUUUGUCACUCAGUCCCGUGAGCGGUCUCUUCCUAACCUUGUUUACGGUCCAGAGUAUACUGACUAAAUCUGUGUUAGCAAAAUGAAGUACUCGUCCCCCUAGGUGGCAUCACAGUGUUAAUUUUUCCUCAGGAUUAUUUCUGUGCCGCUCCUUCCCUGUUGGAGGGGAGCGGCUCCUUCCCUGGGGUCAUGCCCUGCCUCCCUGUGGCAGAGGACUUGCAGGCGGGUGGCCUCAGGAGGACAGACGUCAGGCCUCUCUUCCCUCCCUGAGCCCACUUAGCCAAGUAGUGACAAGGUCACUCCUGCCAGGGCUCCGGCCCUCGCAGCUCUGCUUCUGUCAGUCUGGUCAGAGAACUUAGAAAAGCAGAUUUGCGAGUUGCUGGAAGUCUCUGGUGUGAAGUAUUUUAAUUGAAGCUGGGCCUUUUGCAAGUGGCGUUAGCUCUUUGCAGAUGGGAUUGAACUAAGGAUGCCCUCGCGGACACGGUGGGGGCCACUGAGGCCUCAGUAGGUUCCUUAGCGGCUGCUCUACCUGACAAGGGCCAAAGAGACCAACUCUGCCACUUUGCCACAUCUCAGAAAAGUUGCCAUAUUUCAUCCGGAAGGGACUCGCUUUCCUCUUCUUCUUCCUUUAACCAUGUGCCUGGAGGAGCCAUCCUGGGCUCUCGCACUUGGCCCACCCUUGCUUUGCUGGGGCUGAGAAGGGGAAGGGAUGGACUCCACGUGCCAGGGCCGUGUGAGGGCAGGCCUGCUUUCCACCCCAUCUUCUGAGGGAGACCUCUCUCUUGCUCCUUGCUGCUGUGUUCAUGCCUGUUGUGUUGGAAAAAGGACGGUCCCUUUGUCUUAAGGCUCUGCGAGGAAGUCCUCUCCAGUUAGGAGAGGACUGUUUCCUUCCUAGUAGGGCCUGAUGGCCUCUCUGAAGUUACAGGUGGUCGGGAGCCCUCCAGAGUGCAGAAAUCUGGCACAUCUCCCUGCCAGGCUGGGUGGUUCUACUGCUUUCUAAAUUUCUAAAAACCUCUUUCCUUUUCUUUCUUAAAGAGUUCUGCAGAAUUAUUUGACAAUAUACGUAAGUACCAUGUUUCCUUGUGGUGUGCGCUCUGUUCUGGUUUCUGUUUUUAAAUCAAAUGCCUGUUUGGGAGGAGAUGAACGUAUUUAGUCUAUUAGAUUUGCGCUGCUGGAUUUUUUUUAAAGUGUAACCUUGACUAGCUGUCUUAUUGUUUAUCCUGUAAGAUUAGUCUAUCAAUUAAAGUUUGAUAAUUAA